AUGUCAUCAGACGCAGAAGUCAUUAUAUGCUAUUGUCUUAAGUGUGGGCUUAAGGUCGGCAGCUUUGAUAAUUCAUGGGAAGGUCUCGGGAAGACUUACUAUAUACCCAAAGUCAUAAGAGAUGCCACAGGAUUAAAGGGAGUUGGUUCUGUCAAGUUAGCAACUGGUCCAGCACAGGUUGGAACUGUCAUAGAAAAUAGUUCUCUCCAAGAUUUGGCUUGCGCAAAUUGCCGUGAAGUAUUUGGCCUGCUAUGCGAUAAUGCACCAGAAGGUCAUCUACUAAAAAAGGAUCAAUUACUCAUAUGUGCCAAGAAGAUAUCAAUGAAAUUGCAGCAAACAGGGGAAAAAGCAAUGUUAUUUGUCACAAAAACACAUGACUUGAAGAAAUCCUCAAAUAAGUCAAGCUCACUGUCCAGGCGACCAUCGUCAAUCCUGCCCGGGGCUCCGGGCCCCAGCGAAAUAUCCCGCCAAAGUGUAGAAAAACCUUUCACUCCAGCAGCAUCUUCACCGUCGAUACUGGGCGAGGCAAAAAUCAUGACAGCGAUUUGUGAGCAACGAAAAGAUAUUGAUCGCAUUGAUGCUGCUGUGGGUCGCCUUGAGAAUGACAUGCAGGGCGUUAAGAUCUUCAUGGAAAAUAUGCGCCGUGAAAUGACCGCGACUCAAAACGCUCGUCUUGUAGCUACCAGUGCCGUCGAAACUCUUCAGCAUGAUCUCAUCCGCGUGACCGAGAAAGCUGAUGGGGUGAAUGAUCUUCGUGCAGAGCUUAAUUCUCUGAACACUUGGGUCGAGCAGAUGAAGAAAACCAAUAGAAGGAAUAAUCUUCGUCCGGAGUUUGAUUCUCUGCGCACUCGAGUCGAGGAAAUGGAGAAAGCUAGUAGAGGAAAUGAUUUUCGUUCAGAAUUUGAUUCGCUACACACUCGAGUCGAGGAAAUGGAGGGAGCUAGUGUAGUGAACGAUCUUCGUGCAGAACUUGAUUCUCUACGCACCCGGGUUAAGGAGAUGGAGAGAGCCUCUCGCAAGGCUCCAACCUCAGACGCUCGAGCAAUAACCACUCCUGCACCUUCUGACGAAUUACAGGAAGGACAACUUCCGCCCAAACUAAUAUCUAACGAAAGAUGCAGUCCGCUUAACAAUGCAAGAGAUCUUUCAAUGCUUGAAGGCAGCAGGUCUUUGCACCGGAAGCGCCUGUACAGUGAAGCCGAAUAUGAUCAAAUGGAGAUCCAGACUUCACAGCUCGCAGAACUUGGAAAAUACAAACGCAGAAAAGAAACGGAAGCUCAACAAGAUGAAGACACAAGAUCUCUCUCAAUACCUCCUACUCGUUCACCAAGUAGAGAACCCGCCACUCCUUCCAUACCUCGUAUCGAAUCGCCUAUUCUUGGUCGUUACGAUACGAAUGGUGACGUCGGCCGUACUAAACAAGACGAUAACAUUCAGCACAUCGAGCAAGAUACCGAAAGACAAAUUUCGGAGUCACCCUCUCAACAAAUCGAAACUGAAAUGAACACUCCCAAUGGACAUAACAAUCAUGACGUACACCAACAAGUGCUACACAUCGCAACAGCUACUGCAAUGAACACUCCCGACGAAAGUGAUAAUAUUGACGAACAUCAAAAUUUGCAGAUUAUGUCAAAAGCCACGGAAUUGAGUAGUUCUAAUAACCCUAAAAAUGACGAGGGGCGUCAACAUCUACGGAACAACUCAAAGGCUACUCAAACAGAUAAUCCUGAUGAAAACAACAAUAAUAAAGAACAUCAAAUUCUGCAGCACGUCUCACAAGCUACCUCAAAUACACUCCCGGAUCCAUCUCAAGCGAUUUCUCCAGCAAACUCAAAUGGGAAUCCGUCAACGUCUCACCUAGAUCAACCCCAACAACAUCACCGAAGUCGAAAACAAUUGGAAAUCCCCAAUUCUUCUCAAUCAGAAUCAUCACAGAACACCCAAGAAAAACAGCUUCCAUCUAAUUUCCGUCGAGGUCCUGGCCGUCCUAGAGCCGCUCCAAAAGAACAGAAUCGUUUCACUCCACAUAAACAAGAUCAUCCUGCUGCCAAUACAACCCACUCUACCCGAGGUCUUAGCCAUCCUGAGGACGCUCCAAAUAAAGAAAAGCAAAGUACACCUCAAUCCCACCCACGUCGUGGCCGUCCUAAGGGAGCCCCAAAUAAAUCUUUCUUUACUUCCAGCACUUUCUCAAAUGGGCCCAGUAGUGAAGAACUAUCUACACCAGGAAGAGCAUUGCGUGGCCGCAUACUUCCCGUUCCAAAUUCGAAUCCUUUUGUCAUGGAAUUUGCAAAUAAACAAAGCAAUCUAGUGAUUGAUUUGACCUCUGGCAACGGACGUGAGGGCUCUGAGCCUCCUGGAGACAUUAAUGAGAGCCUGAUGCAAACUACUCGGCCGCAAAAGACCCACGUCUCGGUGCCCCUAAAUGGUGAAAAAGAGACCCCAUCUCAUCCUGCCAAAAGACAACGAAGAAAUACCCGCAGUUCUCAUCAAAGACCUUCCGUUGAUUUGGACAAAGCUCUCGCUUCCAGACCUGAAUCUGGGAAUACUACAAGCGAUGAGGCGGUAGAAAGUGAUUCUAUGGAUACCGGAAACGAGAGACGGACGAGAUCGAUCUCGAGACGUUCAAGGGAAUUCAAAGGGUCUCCGGUGGGUGAUGAUGAAAACUACACGCCGCCUCGUUCAGUGAAGUAUUAUGAGAAUCUUAAGAGGAAGAGAGCGCAAAGUGAGCAGAGUAAAGAAGAUCGAGAAGGAGGAAGGGGUAAUGAGAACGGAGAUGCACAGGAUAAUGAAGAGGAGAGGCAAGGAGAAAGAGGAAGAGAAAGGGAACGUCCAAAAGAACAAGAAAGACGAGAACGAAGGAAAAGUACACGAAGGAGAGAGAUAGAACGGAGAGAGGAAUUGGUCAAGCAAGCGUUGGAGAGGGAAUAA